CAACAACAACAACAACAGUUUACCAAAUUGCAAUGCAAACACGAAAAAAAAAGUCUUCAACAUCCAAACAUCAACAACACUAUCAAAAUGAAUUGUUCAACAUCCAGUUCUUCAUAUAUUUAACAGAAGCAGCAGCAGCAGCUUUCCAUUUAAAGCAAACACACAUUACAAUUCAACAUCUUGUUCUUCUCUCUCCUCUCACAAGUUUUCUUCUUCUUCUUCGAGAAAGAGAGUAGAACGCCUACACAUCUUUUUUUGCCGAAAAUUGUUUGAAUUGGGAAAAAAAUAAACCGAAGCCUAGCAUCAUCAUAUAUGCACAUAUCGAAAGUUGAAAUCAUUCAGUCAACAUCAAUCGCGCGCGGCAACAAUCAUCAUCAUCAUAAGCGUCGGUUGUUAUUCUGUGUUUCAUUUCGAUUAUUCUUCAUUUUUUUUUUAUUUUGGUUGUUGUGACCUUUGAAUUCAACAUCAUUAUUGUGGAACAAUAACAAUGUUAACACAUGGUCUAAUCAAUGAUGGCUCUUGGGAGCUACGAAUUGUUGUUACCGAUUUGAAAAUUGAAAAAAGAUUACGUGCUAAAGGUGAUAUGCAUAUUGGUGGAUUGAUAUUGAAACUUGUUGAAGAGCUUGAUGUAACGGCCGAUUGGUCUGAUCAUGCAUUAUGGUGGCCAAUGAAAAAUCAAUGGCUAAAACGUACACGAACAACAUUGGAUCAGGCCGGUAUACAGGCCGAUACGUUGUUGCAUUUUACACCGAUGCAUAAAAAUCUUCGUGUUCAAUUACCCGAUCUUCGUUAUGUUGAUUCAAGAGUGGAUUUUUCCAUACCAACUUUUAAUGCCGUUGUACAGCUUUGUGAUGAUCUUGGUAUUCGUCAUGCAGAAGAAUUAUCUUUCUCUAGGCCAUUAAUAAUGGCACAUUUGAAACAAAAUUAUCCAAAUCUUGAUAUUACACCACUGCAACGACAAUUUGAUCAAAUUGGACCGAUUACACAGAAUGAAAGUACAUUGAAUCAGGUGACCAAUGUUAGCACAUUGACCCGUGCUAUGAGUGCACAACCAUUUGUCGAUUUUGCACCAUCAUCCAUGAAUGGAAAUAAUAGUGGUCCAAUUAUAGCCACGGCUCGUAAUGUACCAGUGGAAAAACCAAGCUUUCUAUAUCCAGUUGAAGCUGUCAAACCAACAUUGAUGACAAGCCCGGUAACACCUAGUGCUGAAGGAAAAGCAACAUUAUUACGUCCAAAAUCAUUGAUUGAAAAAGCACGACUUAAUGCCGGUUGGUUAGAUUCAAAUCUUUCCAUUUAUGAACAAGGUGUUCGUGAAUAUGACCUUCUAUUAUUGCGUUUUAAAUAUUAUAAUUUCUAUGAUUUAAAUCCAAAAUUGGAUGCCGUACGCAUCAAUCAACUAUAUGAACAAGCAAAAUGGUCAUUGAUCACAGAAGAAGUUGAUUGUACUGAAGAAGAAAUGUUUCUAUUUGCUGGCCUACAAUUACAAAUCAAUAUAUUGGCAUUGAAUCCAGAUCCAAAUGAUCAAUACAUUGAAGUCAAUGAUGAUAUUGAUGCAGCGUUGGAUGAAUUACAAUUAACAUUAGAAGGAUCCAAUGCAAUUCAAUAUAAUUAUCAACAACAAUCCAAUGGUACAUCAACAAUUAAUUAUGGCUAUUCCGAUAUACCCGAACUGUCCGGUUAUCUACGUUUUGCUAAACAUAAAUUAUUUACAUUGAAAAAUUUUAAACGUUAUUAUUUCAUAUUGAAAGAUACGAAUCUGAAAUUAUAUAAAAGUAUUGAAGAUCGUCAAGGAUCACCAGCAUUUAUUAUCAAUCUAAAAGGUUGUGAUAUAACACCAGAUCUGAAUGUUACACAGAAUAAAUAUGGUUUCAAAAUACAUAAUUAUAAUGAUGAUGGACAAACGGAAUAUUGGCUACGAUGUGAAUCGGAAAAACAAUAUGCAGAAUGGAUAACUGCUUGUCGUUUAGCAACCAAAGGACGGACAAUGGCUGAUGCAUCAUAUCGUACCGAAGUACAAACAACGAGAGAUUUUCUGAAAAAACAACAAUAUUCCGGAUCACCAGUGAUGCCUACACAAUCGAAUAAAAUUGCAAUUAAUCCCGAUGAUUAUAUAGCCUUAAGAUUUUUAAGACGACGUGAUCAACAUGUAACAAACAGAAUCUAUGAUUCACAUGGAAAUUUUAAAUCAAUGCCAUCAUUACAAUGUAAAUUGAAUUAUAUUCGUGCAUGGCAAGCAUUACCAAAAUUUGGACUUUCAUUUUUUGUUGUCCAUUUUUUGAAUACUAAAAGAGAGGAAAUUCUUGGCAUUGCUCCCAAUCGUCUUGUACGUAUUGAUAUGCAUACUGGUGAUACAAUUCGUACAUGGCCCUAUGCACGUAUGAAAUCAUGGAACGUUAAUUGGGAAAUAAAAAAAUUAUGUGUUGAAUUCGAUGAUGAAAUGUUGGAAUUUGAAUGUCUUAGUGCCGAUUGUAAAGUACCACAUGAAUUCAUCGGCGGCUAUAUAUUCUUAUCGAUGCGUUCAAAAGAACAUAAUCAAACAUUGAAUGAAAAUCUAUUCUUUAAAUUAACAAGUGGAUGGAUCUGAAUUUAAUACUCUUGGAUCAUUUUGAAAAAAAAUGUGGAACAGAACUCACCAACUCACUAUCAUCACACGGAAAAUCAAAAAAAAAAAAAAACUAAUUUAAAUUUUAUUAAAAUGAAAAAUUAUUUUAAAAAAAACUUCAUUUUAUUACACUAGAUGGGGUAGUGCGUGUCAUUUUUUGUAAAUUGUAAUUGAAUGUGCGCAUGUCAUUUUGUAAUAAUAUACAUUUGACUUCUUCCAAUGCGGA